UUUUGAUGUUGGAAUUCAUCUUCCUUGUUGCAAGAAAGGAUUCUAAUAACUCGGUGUCAAAGGCAUAGACUCAACCUCUUCUCUUCUGAAAGCUUCACGUUACAACAUGGAAGCCAUUGCCAAGUUUGAUUUCAUGGCCUCAGGAGAGGAUGAACUGAGCUUUCACGCUGGAGAUGUUCUGAAGAUCUUAAGUAACCAAGAGGAGUGGUUCAAGGCGGAGCUUAGGAGCCAAGAAGGAUACGUGCCCAAGAACUUCAUAGACAUCAAGUUUCCUGAAUGGUUUCACGAAGGCCUCUCACGACACCAGGCAGAGAGCUUGCUGAUGGGCAAGGAGGUUGGUUGCUUCAUCAUCCGGGCCAGCCAGAGCUCCCCAGGGGACUUCUCCAUAUCUGUCAGGCAUGAGGGUGAUGUUCAGCACUUCAAAGUCAUGAAGGACAACAAGGGUAAUUACUUCCUGUGGACAGAGAAGUUUCCAUCCCUCAACAAGCUGGUGGACUACUACAGGACGACUUCCAUCUCCAAACAGAAGCAGAUCUUUCUGAGGGAUAGGACCCGGGAGGAACAGGGUCAGCGGGGCAACAGCCUGGACCGGAGGUCCCAGGGAGGCCCACCCCUGAGUGGGACUGUGGGGGAAGAAAUCCGGCCUUCGAUGAACCGGAAGCUGUCGGAUCACCCCCCGCCCCCUCCCUCGCAGUAUCCCCCCGCACCACUGCCACCACAGCAGCGGUAUCUGCAGCAGCAGCAGCAGCCUUUUCAUCAGGAACGCCGUGGAGGCAGCCUGGACAUAAACGACGGGCACUGUGGCAUGGGCAACAGCAGCGAAAUGAAUGCCGCCCUCAUGCAACGGAGACACACAGACCCCGUGCAACUCCAAGCAGCCGGGCGAGUGCGGUGGGCCCGGGCGCUGUACGACUUCGAGGCUCUCGAAGAUGAUGAGCUGGGAUUCCACUGCGGAGAGGUGGUUGAGGUCCUGGACAGCUCCAACCCAUCCUGGUGGACUGGCCGCCUGCACAACAAGCUGGGCCUCUUCCCUGCCAACUACGUGGCACCCAUGACCCGGUGAGGCCCUUCUGGAGGGCUCGGAAGCUUUGGUCUGAAGCUGCCUGCAAGUGAUGGAACAAGGAAGAAACUCUGGAAGUACACACACAUAUAUAUACGCGUGUAUAUAUACAUAUGCACACACGUAUAUAUGCCUACAUAUCUACACAUUUAUAAUAGUAAUUUAUUGGCAAGUUCGUUGGUUACUUAGUUGAUAUGAAAGGAGCUCAGGUGGAGAAUUCUAUUCAUACUUAUCUUUCUGCUCCCCUCAGCGGGUGUGCAGAAGGCAGGGGUGGCGCUGGGAAGUGGGAGGCAGGGAAAUGACACCGACAUGCCUCCUGCCCUUAGGCCGGCACUGCUCCCUCCUCGUCUUGGGAAUUCUGACUGAGAGGACCUAAGCGGGAUCCACACCUGGUGCUGGACGCAGAAAAGCAGGGUGGGGUUGGACUUGGCGGGGCAUGUCCUCCUUUACCUGCAUGUCCUCCUUUACCUGCAUGUCUGGCUCCCCGCCCCCUCCGAGGGUGUGUGGGGCUGCUGCCCCCCUCUCCCCACGGGGUGGGCACUGCUGGGUGGAGGACGAAUGCGCCGCUCUGAGCUGGGAGCGGGAGG